AUGUCGGAACCGGCAGCAGCACCAGCCGCAGCACCAACAACAAACAAUGCACCCCCACCCGCCCAACAGCAACAAGCUGCAGGAGCCGGCGAUGCUGCGGUGGAAAUUAAUGUCAAUCAAAUGGCAAAUGUAAUCAGUGUCAGCUAUUUGGCAGCCAAUGGUUUGAAUAAUCAACGAAAUCGUGGUGGUGGAGGCGCUGGUGCAGCUGGGGGUGUAAUUGGUAUUGGAGCACCAGGACAGAAUAACAUCAUGAACAUGCGAAAUCGUUUGUUCCAUGCUAUAUAUUUUAAAGUGGCACUAAUCUAUGCCCAAAUGUUUCCCAAACCUUUUCAACGUGCUUUAGAAUAUUUUUUCCUCGCCAAAGCGUUACUCUUUUUCUCUGCUUUGGUAUACAUUCAUAUGUCGUUUAUUAAAAAUCCAGCUACAUGUUUAGAGCACGUACAAGAUUGGCCUAGAGAUGGAGUCCUAAGAGUUGAAGUCAUUCCUAAUUUAGACAAACGCAUGGAAUUAUAUGAGGAAAGUCAGGUCUAUGAGAGGAAUAUGCGAAAGCUUUACUAUGAUUAUUUUUAUGGAAUAGGACCUAAGACUAAAAAUCAAUUGUAUCAUCACAAAUAUGCUACAAAUGAAACAUUUACCUAUUAUCUAGAACAUGAAGAAGUCUAUGAAAGUUACUUAAAAGAUAAACAACAACAGGCUACUGAAUAUCAUGAGAAUCCUGAAAUGGAAGAUGAUGAACAAUACAUUGUGGAAUAUUCAUUGGAAUAUGGUCAUUUGCGUUUAUCACCCGCCACCCGGAAGCGUUUACAAAUCCCCGUUCGUGUUGUUCGUUUAGAUCCCAUGAAUAAUAAAUGUUUUGGUGAUAAAUUUAGCAAAUUUUUACUUAAAGAACUUUUAGGCUAUGAUGAUUUACUUAUGACCUCAGUACGUGUCAUUGCCGAAAAAGAAGAGAAUAAGGGCUAUUUACGUAAUGUCAUUACUGGUGAACAUUAUCGUUUUGUAUCGACCUGGUGGACGGCAUGGAGUUCAUAUCCAACGGCAUUUUUUGUUAUGUUGUUAUUUACCUUUUCAAUUUCCAUGCUGCUGAGAUUUUCACAUCAUCAAAUAUUUGUGUUUAUUGUGGACCUUUUGCAAAUGUUGGAAUUCAAUGUUACCGCACGUUUCCCCAUAGCCCCUUUGUUAAUUGUCAUUUUAGCUUUAGUUGGCAUGGAGGCUAUAAUGUCGGAAUUCUUUAACGAUACAACAACGGCAUUCUAUAUAAUAUUAAUUGUAUGGGUUGCCGAUCAAUAUGAUGCCAUAUGCUGUCACACCAGUAUUACUAAAAGACAUUGGUUAAGAUUCUUCUACUUAUAUCAUUUUGCCUUCUAUGCGUAUCACUAUCGUUUUAGUGGACAAAAUCGCAGUUUGGCAUUGGUCUCAUCGUGGUUGUUUAUACAGCAUUCCAUGUUGUAUUUCUUCCAUCAUUACGAGCUGCCGGUAAUUAUGCAACAGGCCCAAGUACUCAUAUUAACACGUAAUCAAAAUAAUGGUGGCGGUGGUGCUGGCAUUAUGCAACAGCAACCGCAACAACAGCAGGGACAACAAAUGAAUCGACCGGGUGGUGGUGGUGGCGGUGGUGCUGCCGGUGGCCAACCUCAGCAGCAGCAACAACAACAGCCGGGAACCUUUGCGGCAAAUCGCAUUUUCCGUUUGGUACCAUUGCCCCAACAGCAACAACAACAGCAGCAACAACAACCACACCAACUCAAUGGUCAAAUGCAACCACAACAACUGCCAUUUGUUGGUGGUUUGUUACAACACUAUGCCGGACAGAAUGUUGGCGGUGCCCUUGGUAUGAUACGCAGUGCCCUGUCGGCUCGUGGCUGGCGCCAGCCACUCGUUCGUGUACGCAUACAGACAACAGGUAAUUUGCAACGUAUCAAUUUGGGUUCCAUACAAAUAAAUCCUGAGAAUUUGGCACGUGCACCAGCAGGAGCAACAACGCCAACAUCAACAUCGGAGGUAACAUCAUCUUCAUCCUCAUCGACGACAUUGUCGUCGUCCUCGCAGGCUGCUACUACUACUACUACAGCCAAUGAUGCAUCACCCACAUCAACAUCACAACAACAAACCACAACCGCAGAUCCAGCUGCGGAUAGUAGUGGUGGCAGUAGUUGUAGUUCGUCGUCGCAUUUGAAUGACAACUCAACAAAUAGUAUUGUUGUGACUGGUUCAGGUUCGGUAGGUAGCAGUACUGCUCAUCCAAUUAAAAAGAACUAUGUGUUUCCUCAAAGAUUAGAAUAUGAAAUUCUAAAGAGAGGUGGUUGCAACGGCAAUACUAAUGGUAUUAAUGAUAUGGUCCAGCUUGAAGAUUGCGCUAAGAGCGAAACAAUCGUUGAUGAUGGGACAUCAGGUACACUCUAG